AUGGUAGAUAUCGUCCCUAACCAACCUUCGGGCAUUAUAAAAAGGGGGUAUUCCCGUCCCUUCAUCCAAAUUACGAGAGGAGCUCCAUUUCCUUACGAAUACGAAGACAUCUCACCGCCAACUCAAAAAGCUCAACCGAAGAGACAGCAAACUAAAGAAUCUACAAGUCUGUCAGUAGAGCAGGCCAGUAUUGGAGUGUGUGGACAGUUGUUGCUGUUAUUCGCCUACUUGAUCAUCCUUCUCACCUUCCCCUUCUCUCUUCUCGUUUGCAUCAAGGUAAUACAAGAGUACGAGAGAGCGGUUAUUUUCAGACUGGGAAGGAUAGCUAAAGGCGGUGCUAGAGGACCAGGUCUGUGUUUCUACCUACCAUGUUUGGACGAGGUGACCGUUGUUGACAUGAGGACUUUAUCCUUUGCUGUACCACCCCAAGAGAUUCUUACCAAAGACUCGGUGACAGUGUCUGUGGAUGCAGUAGUGUACUUCAGAAUCAGUUCAGCUGUAGCUAGCGUCUGCAAUGUCGAGGGCGUCCAAAAGAGUACCAGACUAUUAGCACAGACGACGUUGCGAAACAUUCUCGGUACGAAGAGUCUGAGUGACCUGUUGGCAGAAAGAGAGUCUAUAAGUCAUGAUAUGCAGCACUCAUUGGACCAAGCCACAGACCCUUGGGGUGUUGUAGUAGAGCGUGUUGAGAUCAAAGACGUGAGGCUGCCGACUAAUUUACAACGUGCAAUGGCAGCAGAAGCGGAAGCCUUUAGAGAGGCUAAAGCUAAGGAAAUAGCAGCGAAUGGGGAAAGAAAUGCGGCGCAUGCUUUGAGAGACGCUUCAGACACUAUGAUGCAGUCACCUUGUGCAAUCCAGCUCAGAUACCUCCAGACGUUAACGACAAUUGCAUCAGAACAGAAUUCAACUAUAGUGUUUCCUGUACCCGUCGACUUAAUGGGGACCAUCCUCGCCAAACCAAAGCCAAAACAGCAAAAUAGAGACGUUCGAGCUGACCCUCUGACUGAAACAGGAGCUAUAUUGGAGUAAACAAUUAUUACGCUUUCAGUAGCUCAGUGGCAGAGUCCGGUAGCGGGUAGCGGUUGCGUCCACCAAUCCUUAGUGCCACAAUUGUAACAAACUAUAGGAUAGUAUUUGCUGAGUGCUGACAACUGUUAGUUGCAGAAACCAGUUUCACGAAAAUCAAUGUGAAUUUGUUAUCUUGGAAUACGGUUUGAUCAAUAUUAGAGGUUAUAACACUUACCAACCAGCUCGGUAGAAUUUCUAAUUGUUUGGAGUUCUCGAUUGUUUGUUGGUAAGCAGUAAACAAUUUGGAAAACUCUGUUAUAUACGAUACGAUAAACGAUGUUUUGCAUUUACGAAGAAGUCCAUUUAUUUU